AUGCGGAUGGUGAACUUCAAUGUGAAAAGGAUCCUCAAUGAUAAUGAGAGUUUAGCCAACAUUCUUUUCACAGAAGCCUAUGAUUGGGUGAAACUGAGCAGAGAAAGGUUGAAGAGGGUAGACUACCCCCUGCAAGGUUUUACGGGGCCAACCGUGAAUAUAGAAGGUUCCAUUGAUUUGCCACUCACAGCAGGAGCUGGAGACCAACAAACCACUAUGAUGGUCACCUUCCUGGUGGUCGACGUGCCCUUCAUUUAUAAUGCCAUUCUUGGACGAGUAGGGCUCAACGCACUGAAAGCAAUGCUGUCUACGCCCCACCUCAGGAUGAAGUUCUCUACCAGCCAGGGAGUGGGUGAAUGUAAAGGAGACCAGCAAGUGUCACGGAACUGCUACACGACCGCACUGCAAGGGAAGGGGAAAGUAGGGGAGGUGCUCCCCAUCGAAGACGUAAGAGAUGAGAAUACCCAAAGCCAAGCAGCCGAGGAUCUAUCCCUUAUUGACAUUACAGAGGGAAAUGACAGCAGACAAAUCAAGAUCGGGUCGCACCUCCAAGGCACCCAGCGUGGAUGA